CAUCAGGCAGGGUACCACGGCAGGGGUGUCUUCACGUUCACGGUACGGACGGUGUCUGCAAAAAGCACCAGGGGAGACGUUGCGGGCGCCGGGGCGAAUCAGUGCCAGUUGAUGGAGAUCGAGGCUCGCAAGCAGAUCGGCCGGCGCUUUUAGCAAGACAAAGAGAAGAGAGCCCGGGCUAUUUUUAGCAGAGGUGUUGAGACUGACGUUUAAUUGCUACCUCGUCCUGCAGCCAUGCCCAACAUCCAGAACGACAUCAAGCUGGACUUCAAGGACGUCCUGUUGCGGCCCAAACGGAGCACCAUCAACAGCAGGGCCGACGUGAACCUGGUCAGGGAGAUCACGUUCCGGAACUCGAAGCGCAGCUACAAAGGCAUUCCCAUCAUCGCCUCCAACAUGGACACAGUGGGCACCUUCGAAAUGGCCAUUGCGCUGAGCAAGCACGGAGUCUUCACAACGAUCCACAAGUACUAUUCUCCUGAGGAGUGGCGACAGUUUGCCACUGACCACCCCGAGUGCCUUGGAAACGUGGCCGCCAGUUCCGGAACGGGUCAGGCCGAUUUUGAGAGACUGCAGCAAAUCCUAAAAGACGUUCCUGAAAUCUCGUACGUCUGUCUGGACGUGGCCAACGGGUACUCGCAGCACUUCGUCGAAUACCUGCGCAAAGUCCGAGCCGCCUACCCGACGCACACAAUCAUUGCUGGCAACGUGGUCACGGGCGAAAUGGUCGAGGAACUCAUCCUCUCGGGCGCCGACAUCAUCAAGGUCGGCAUCGGCCCCGGCUCGGUGUGCACGACGAGGCGCAAAACUGGAGUGGGCUACCCACAAUUGAGUGCCGUACUCGAGUGCGCUGACGCAGCACACGGCUUGGGAGGCCACAUUAUUUCGGAUGGAGGUUGUACAUGUCCAGGAGACGUGGCAAAAGCUUUUGGUGCAGGCGCCGAUUUUGUGAUGGUCGGAGGAAUGCUGGCAGGACACGACGAGAGCGGCGGAGAGAUAAUUGAAAAGAAUGGCAAGAAGUACAAGCUCUUCUACGGCAUGUCGUCCAACACGGCCAUGCAGAAGCAUGUCGGAGGCGUUGCUGAAUACAGAGCUUCAGAAGGAAAGACGGUCGAGGUGCCGUAUCGAGGACCUAUUGACGUGACAAUCCUCGACAUCCUGGGAGGGCUGAGGUCAGCCUGCACCUACAUGGGUGCAGCCAAAUUGAAGGAACUCCCCCGAAGAGCCACUUUUAUCAGAGUAUCGCAGCAAAUCAACAACAUCUUUGGUUUCAGCGACUAGUCAUCAGUUUUUAAUUAAAAAGAAAGCUUCUUUGCUUUAGCGCUCUGGUUCCGUCAAGAUAAAAUAUCGUCUGUGUAGCCUAGUCAUAUGUUUGUAACGCGCACUUGUCACUUUCUGUGCUUUAUUUUCUUCUUUACGUGAGGCGAGUCGAUGUUGUAUUUGAUUGCGGAAAAUACCUCACUUAUGUUUGUUCGCUUGAAAUAUGGUUGGGAAAAGUUGAUGCAGCUUGGCAGCCGAAGAUGCAUUUCAGUGUUAAUGAACCUGCACAAAUUUCUUCUAGAUAAGCAGUGGUGUUUGUCGGUAUUGCACAAAUCUAUGUGCCAAGUGGUCGGUUCCUUAGUUCAAAACACGCUAGUCAAUUUAAAAAGAAAAACUACGUUAAAACUCUUCUGCAAAAAUAUCCUCAAAUAAUGAUAACAAAAAACAUCGAUCUGCAGAUCUGAUAUUUAAAUAAAGAUAUAUUAAAAGUAUUAAAGUUUAGAAACAGGUUCUAUUUUUCUUUGAAAAGUUUUUAAACAAAAUCAAAAUUUACCUUGUGGUAUCCAGGUGGUAUCCUAUUAUGAAACUAAAUCUUAAUAAUUAUUAGAAGUCUUAAUUUGUUAAUUUUUUCAGUUGUUAUAUAUUAAAAACAAAAAUUUUUGCGAAAGAUGAAAAGAACAUCUGAGAUAGAAAUAUAUUAUUCACAGAUAUAUUUCUUGUGAUAAAUUUUAAAUGUGUCUUACAAUUAUAUAAGAAAAAUUUUCUCCACAGCACCUGCAGCUAUUUGCUGGUGCCAGAAAUACAUGUUUAACCUCCAAAUUGAUAUGGAAAUAAAGAUUUAUUGAUGUGACAGUU